AUGAAUUUUCUUAUUGAUUGUGGGAUAAUCACAACUGAUUUUUUGAAUUUUUCGCCACGAGAUAAUUUGAGUUCUCGUACUCAACCUCUAACAUCAAUAUCAACAGAAAUUGAUGGUAUUAAUAACGAUUUAGGAUGGAGUCAAAAUGAAGCCAAACGUAUUAAACUUGAUCCAUCGAUCGAACCAAAUGGUGUUAAUGCACGUAGGAUACGCGGACAAUUUCUUGUAGAGGCACCAGAAUUCUCUGGAAUAGAUUGGAGUACUAUAGAUUUUAUUUUAAUUACAAAUUAUAAACAAAUUCUUGCAUUACCUUAUGUUACUGAGUAUACAGAUUUUAGAGGCAAGAUUUAUGCUACGGAACCUACUGUUAUAUUUGGAUGUCAGCUCAUGAAAGAAUUUGUGCAUUUAUUUGGUGAAAGCACCAUGUCUUCUUCCAUGAAUGGAAUGGAGAAAUUUAGAAGUCUUUCAACUAGAGGAACUUCUGAUAUUUUUACGGGAUUUACUCCUGAAAUGAAUCUGGUACGAUCAUUGUAUUCUUUAGACGAUGUACAAAACUGUGUAGACAAAAUACAACAAGUUAGAUAUGAAGAAAUAUUGAUUUUAUUUGAACUUCAAAUUACAGCUCAUAGCUCAGGAUAUUGUUUGGGUGGGACAAAUUGGCUAAUAGAUAUUGAAUCUGAGAAGAUUGCUGUAAUUUCUUCAUCAUCUACAAUAGCAAAUUUACAUCCAUUACCAUUUAGCAAGAGUGUUUUAGAUAAUGUUAGUAUUGUCAUUCUAAAUAAUUUACACAAUAGUAAAGAUAAUUUAAGAUUGGAAUCCACUUUUCAAAACAUUGGGAAAAUAGUUGCAAAGGUUUUAAGGGAUAAGGGAAAUGUUUUAUUUCCUUGUACUAUGAAUGGCAUUAUGUUUGACAUAAUUGAUAUUCUUGGAAAACAUUUGAAUGCAGUUGGCCUUGGUAAUAUACCAUUUUAUGCAAUUUCUCCUAUUGCAGAGGAGUCCCUCAAGUUUUCAAAUAUAUCGGGAGAAUGGAUGUGUGAAGAAAGACAGCAGAAAAUGUAUAUGCCGGAAAAUCCAAUGGCUCAUAAAGAUAUGAUAGAUCGAAACCUUUUGUUUUAUGCUGCUCGGGCAGAUAGUUCACUUCAGGAAAUAUACCAUGAGCCUUGUGUUGUGUUUGCAGGUCAUCCAUCUUUACGUAGUGGAGCAACAAUUAAUUUUAUUCGAAAAUGGGAAUCGGAAUAUGAUUAUAAAGAAGCAAUUUCAGCAUUUGAAGAUUUACAAAUAAUGACAGAAUAUAUUCCAAUUGAUAUACGUUUAACUGUAGAAGAAGCAACUAAUAUCUUACAAGAAUUGAAACCUCGACAGGUUUUGUUUCCUCGUGAGAUUGUAGAGGAUAUAAAUAGUAUACAACAGCUUUUGUCAUCAUCAUUGGUCACUUUAUAUGGUCAUUUAAAUAUUUUAAAUAUAGCUAUUAAUUCUCAAUAUACGAGACUUUACAUGAGUGCUGCACUUGCAUCAGAGAUUUACCCCAUAAAUGUUGGCCAAUCAAAACUUGCUGUUGUGAAGGCAAAAUUAAGAAAAGCAAGAAAAGAAGAUGCAUUAAUUCCUAGCGAUGAGAGUAAUUUGUUAAAAUCUAAAUAUUUUUGGGGAAAGAUUAAUAUUCUGGAAUUAAUGAAUCAGUUGAAUCAACAAAUAUAUGGAUGUAGAGUUUCACUUGAACAAGAUAUGGACAAUUCAAAAUGGACUGUAUAUGUUGAAUCACCAAAAAUUAUUAUUAAAAUAAAUAACAAUAAAUUAAUUAUAAAGACUGAAGACAAUGACACCAGGAAGAUAGUACAAGAUAUUUUGUUUAAACAAUUGGUUGUAUUAUGA